AACAAACAAUGCAGUUUUAUGAUAUGUCGAAUCAGACAUAUCUAUGCAUGUAUAUAAGUAUUGCUUUAUACUGGGGAAAAGCAUGAUGAGGAUUUACUCGAAGCUGCAAGGUAGCAACAAAGGUAUUGGACAUCAGAUCAACCCUCAAUUUUCAGUUAGUACGCUACGUUUUAUAUUUAUUCGUAUGAGUUCGGGACCUAAAACAUUGAAAAGAAAGCCUGAUGAAUCUGUUAGUGAUCAGGUACCAGUUAAAGUAAUUGAAAAAUCAAGUGAGGGUUCUCGACGUCCUGCGACUAUAAGUCCUAUCAAAUUAAAUGUACCCGCACAGGAUCCUACACCCGAAAUCCCUAAAAAGGUAGACAGCAAGGUUCGUGAAGUCUUCAACUCAGAUGAGGAAAGUGAGGAAGAGGAAAUUCCAACGGAAGCCAGAAUACGAAUGCGAAAUUUAGGAAGAUACACUCCUACAUCUUGCGGACCAAAUUCUUUUGGAAAAGGAAGAUUUGGUUUUGUUGAUCGUAGAGCAUUACUUAAUAAACAAAUAGAAGCAUUAAAUGAAGCAGUUUCAGGGGAGAAUGAACGCUAGGUAUAGUAUUACCAUAUGUCAAGCAAAAAAUCACUGUUACUAACAAAAUCGUCCCCAGUAUUUAUCCACCCUUAAUUGUGUGUGUAUAAAAAAAAGUUAAUGAUAAUUGUAAUUAUGUUUCAUUUUCUUUAUUCUUCUCAAAAACUCAAUGAAUAUUUAUAUAUAAGAUUCAUCUUAU